AUGGGGAACCGACCGAACUGUGUCGGUCAGUGUGUCAGGAACAGAAGACGCCCAGCUGCAAUGUCUCUUCGUAUUGGGAGUUGUCCCUUCUUUCUCUGCCACACACUCUCUCCAUCAGAGGCAAGCCUAAUCGAAACAGAGAAGAAAAGAUGUAAGCAGCAUCAUCGUGUCGACUGCUUUCGCUGCAAAACAAACGCCCCACAUAUUCAUAUACAGUAUAUUGAUAAAAAUAUAUUUGGCUUGCUGCUGCACUGGCGGAAGAACUGGGGCCGGUUUGGUGGUUGCUGUCUUUUUCCCGGUGCAGCUUCGCUUGUCCCUCCGUCGGAAUCGGAUGGCUGGAUCCGUCCCGUAUAUAGAGAGGGGAUUACAUCAGUUCGUGGUGGUGCGUUACCUGAAUUCUGA